AUGGGGCGAGUGGCAGCAGCUGGGGCCGUGCUGGUGGCACUGGUGGUGCUGGGAGCCCCCCUGGCUACGGGCACGGAGCUCUCGGGGGUGUCACAGUAUGUGGGAAAGGCCAGUCACUUCAUUAACGGCGCCGAUGGGGUGAGGUUCGUGGAGAGGCACAUCUACAACCGGGAGCAGCUCCUGCACUUUGACUCCUCACUUUUGUCAGCGAUGUGUGCCAGGCGCUGGAACAGCGACCAGGAAUGGAUGGAGAACAGACAGGCUCAGGUGGAUAUGUUCUGCCGGCACAACUACCAGGUGUUCAGCCCAUUCAGCGUGGGCUGCAGAGGCAAGCAUGGGGCAGAGCGUGUCCUCUGGGGCCCUGCCCUGGAAAUGACCCUGGAGUCUUUAAAAACCUCCCUGGGAAUCACCCCAGAGCCAUAAGCGCUCCUUGUGCCCAUUCCCAGGGCCUCCCGCCCCCACCAAGUGACUCCCGUCGCUGUCCCAGUCCAUCCCGCCCCCGUGUAUCCA